AAAAGCCCGGCGCGCUCCGGGCUGGAAACUGCGUGCACCGUGAGCCUGACCCGGCAGACUGAGGCUCCGGACGAAAAGAACCGCCCGACAUGGCCUCGGAGAGCGGGAAGCUGUGGGGCGGCCGGUUUGUGGGUACAGUGGACCCCAUCAUGGAGAAAUUCAACUCGUCCAUCACCUAUGACCGGCACCUGUGGGAGGUGGAUGUGCAAGGCAGCAAGGCCUAUAGCAGGGGCCUGGAGAAGGCCGGGCUCCUCACCAAGGCAGAGAUGGACCAGAUCCUGAGUGGCCUGGACAAGGUGGCUGAAGAGUGGGCCCAGGGCAUCUUCAGACUGAACCCCAAUGAUGAGGACAUCCACACGGCCAAUGAGCGGCGCCUAAAGGAGCUCAUUGGAGAAACCGCUGGGAAGUUGCAUACAGGACGAAGCCGGAAUGACCAGGUGGUCACGGACCUCAGGCUGUGGAUGAGGCAGACCUGCUCCAAGCUCUCUGCUCUCCUCUGGGCACUCAUCAGAACCAUGGUGGAUCGUGCAGAGGCAGAGCGUGACAUCCUCUUUCCCGGCUACACACACCUGCAGAGGGCUCAGCCCAUCCGCUGGAGCCAUUGGAUCCUGAGCCAUGCUGUGGCACUCACCCGAGACGCUGAGCGGCUGCUGGAGGUGCAGAAGAGGAUCAACGUCCUGCCCCUGGGAAGUGGGGCCAUUGCUGGCAACCCCCUGGGUGUGGACCGGGAGCUGCUCCGAGCAGAACUAAACUUUGGGGCCAUCACGCUCAACAGCAUGGACGCCACCAGUGAGCGAGACUUUGUGGCUGAGUUCCUGUUCUGGGCCUCCCUGUGCAUGACGCACCUCAGCAGGGUGGCAGAGGACCUCAUCCUCUACGGCACUAAGGAAUUCAGCUUUGUGCAGCUUUCAGAUGCCUACAGCACAGGAAGCAGCCUGAUGCCCCAGAAGAAAAACCCAGACAGCCUAGAGCUGAUCAGGAGCAAGGCGGGGCGAGUGUUUGGGCGGUGUGCUGGGCUCCUGAUGACCCUCAAGGGACUACCUAGUACCUACAACAAGGACCUACAGGAGGACAAAGAAGCUGUGUUUGAAGUGUCAGACACCAUGAGUGCAGUCCUGCAGGUGGCCACUGGCGUCAUCUCUACCCUGCAGAUUCAUCGUGAGAACAUGGCCCAGGCUCUUAGCCCUGACAUGCUGGCAACGGACCUUGCCUACUACCUGGUGCGCAAAGGGAUGCCAUUCCGCCAGGCUCACGAGGCCUCCGGGAGAGCUGUGUUCAUGGCAGAGACCAAGGGAGUGGCCCUCAACCAGCUGUCACUGAAGGACCUACAGACUAUCAGUCCCCUCUUCUCAGGCGACGUGAGCCUUGUAUGGGACUACGGGCACAGUGUGGAGCAGUACAGUGCUCUGGGCGGCACAGCACGCUCCAGCGUUGACUGGCAGAUCGGCCAGGUGCGGGCGCUGUUGCAAGCACAGCAAUCCUCCAUAACCCACAAGCCCAUUCCCAAAUAAAAUGGACCCUACAGGA